CCUCUGGUCCUGUCGCUGAGGAAGACAGCAUGGUGCGGGGACCUUCAAUGUUGUGCAGUCUGUCAACCUCUUAGAAAUGAAAGUCUUUAUACAUAUCCUCAGAUAAUCUACUCGGAACAGUCAGACAGUAGUUGCCGCUCUCAAAGUCUGGAUAUACCAUGGAGCCCAUAAUGAAUCAGAUUUGGCCGAGAGUCUUCCAGCGGCUCCACAGAACCUCAUUACUUCCCCGCAGGAACCAUUCAGGAUGUGCUGAGCAUGCUAAUGUCCCUGCCUCCACCAACUCCAAACGUAUAAAGCCCACACUCUUGGUGUCCCGCCUCUACCAGCCCUCAAACCUGCGUGAUAUGGGACAGGACAGCCGGCUGCAAGGAGAGAUGACUUGUAAGAGCCAAAGGCUCAUGCAGAAGGCCGGGCUCAUCCAUCUGUCAAAUCCUGGUUGUUACUACUACCUUCCUGCCACCGUCCGCUCCAUGGAGAAACUGGUGAGAGUGAUUGACCAAGAGAUGCAGGGGAUUGGCGGGCAGAAGCUGGACAUGCCCAGUUUGUGCUCAGCUGAUCUUUGGAAGACCAGUGAGCGCUGGGACCUGAUGGGAAAGGAGCUGUUCCGCCUGAAAGAUCGCCACGGAGCCGACUACUGCUUGGGUCCAACACACGAGGAGGCAGUGACGACUCUAGUCGCUCACCAGGCGACACUCUCCUACAGACAACUCCCUCUGCUUCUCUAUCAGAUCACCCGCAAAUUCAGAGAUGAACCAAAGCCAAAGUUUGGUCUGCUUCGAGGGAGGGAGUUUUACAUGAAGGACAUGUACUCAUUUGAUGUGAGUGAAGAAGCAGCUUACGAGACCUAUGAAUCUGUGUGCCAGGCGUACACCAGGCUCUUCGCCCGGCUGGGUCUGCGAUGUGUUCAGGUGCAGGCAGACACAGGAAAUAUCGGCGGUAAACUCUCCCACGAGUUUCAGCUGCCAGCCGACAUCGGUGAGGACCGGCUACUGGUUUGUGGGAACUGCUCCUUCUCUGCUAACGUAGAGACCAUGUCAUCAGACAGAACUGACUGCCCACAGUGUAAAACUGGCACACUGGUAGAGUCAAAGGGUGUAGAGGUCGGCCACACCUUUUACCUGGGUAAAAAAUACUCUCACAUAUUCAAUGCCACUUUCAGCAAUGCCCAGAACAAGCCUAGUAUAUCAGAGAUGGGUUGCUAUGGUCUUGGGGUUACCCGUAUUCUUGCCGCAGCCAUCGAGGUGUUGUCAACAGAAGAGGGGAUCCGUUGGCCAGGCCUUCUCGCCCCUUACCAGGUGUGUGUUUUACCCCCAAAGAAGGGCAGUAAGGUGGAUGAGGCAGCAGUCUUAGCUGAGGAGCUGGUUCACACUUUGGGAGACACUCUGCCACGUUUAAGAGGUGAGGUUGUUCUUGAUGACCGUAUGCAGAUGACCAUUGGGAAGAGGCUGAAGGAUGCCGGCAGACUAGGCUACCCAUAUGUCAUUGUAGUAGGACAGGGAGCUCUGGAGGAAACACCCAGGUUUGAGGUGAUCUGUCAGCAGACAGGUGAGACAAUUUCUCUCAGUAAAGAUGGACUGUUGGAUCUUCUGGGAAGAGUGGAAACUGUAUGAAAAACAACUCUCAAUGUGGAAAUAAAGUUUUUAUAUUUGUGUGCAUGAUUUAAUCAAUGAGGUGGUGGGAAGAGAACACAAAAGCCUUGUGUAUUUUGUUUUGUCUAAAAGGACUGGAAGAUCUGUUUUUGUUUUGCAAAGUUAUAAAGACUAUAAUUUACUUGAAUUUGCUUGAUAAUGGACCUCAGGUUAUUAAAUAGCAUUUGGUUACCAUGAUGUGAUACACAAUUAAUUUUUGUGGCUUUUCAUGUUCCAGUACAAAUAAAAAUGAGAGGUGAACAGAAAAAAUGACCAUUUUUUGUCAUGUUAUAAUAUGCAUUAGUAACAUAUAACUGACCUCUUAGUCAAUGCUGGCAUUUGGUAAAUACUGUAAAUACAACCAUGUCCUUUAAAGUUAGGGAAAAGCAAAAAAUACAUACAUAACAACCAUUUCCACUGAAAGGAGUUAUUCAGAUUUUUAAGCAAAAGUAGUAUUACCACAGUAUGUAAGCACUGUGAAUACUUCACAAAAGUAGUGGUCAAAAAGUUAAAUAUGCAAGUUAGCCACACUGAAUAGAGUCAUUAUGUGUAAUUUAUUUAUUCUGAUGAAUUUUAUUGUUGCUGUUAAAAGUCACUUUCAACUGUUUUACAUUUUGCAUCAUAUUGUCUUCAAAAAAAACAAAAAAAACCAUGAAUAACUGUCAAGUAAAUCAAGUAGGCUAAAAAGUACUUGUGUUAAGUAUCACACCAUAAAAAUAAAGUAGAAUUAUGUUUAAAUGUAUUGAUUUACUUUCUACCACUUCCUCGUCAUAUUAUCAUUUACAGUGGUGGAAGAAGCAUUUAAAUCUCAAGCGAAAUGCCAAUAUCAUUAAAAUACUGCAGUAAAAGUCCUGCAUUCAAAAUUUUGCAUGUAAAAAAAAUAGAACCAUAAAAGCAAGAUUAUCUCGUUAUGGAGAUUUGAUCAUUUAAGAGACAUCUUUUAUAAAUUAAAAAGCAGGAAGUUAUUGUCACUGGUUUAAGUUAUAGUUUAUUUUCUGUUGUGUCGUUAAGUUUGUAACAAUAUAUGGUAUUUAAUACAAUAAUCGUUAGUUUUGUAUG